AUGAGCGCCCCCGGCCCCGCUCGAGCCGGCCGGCCGUCGCCGCGCGCCCUCGGAGCCCCCGCCGGCCGUCGCAACGUCCCCGAGGCCGGCCGCCCUGCGCCCGGGCCGCCGCCCGACGGGAGGCCGCUUCCCGCCGCCGCCGCCGGCGCUUCGGGCGGGCCGCCUGGAGUUCGGCACUUCCUCCGCCGGGGCGUCCCCUCCUCGUCGGGGAACGCGGAGCCCGGCCGCCCCCUGCUGGCCCCGGGGAGCGGGCCCGGAGCCGCGGGGACCCCGGCCGCGCAAGUUAUAGGUUUCGGGGAGGAAGACCACUCAGGGAGCACAUUCCACUCUCAUGUCACCUCAAAGGCAUAUACUGUCACUAUGAUUGACGUUUGUCCUGAACACUUGGCUGAGUUGGCUGGGGCUCUGCAAGGUUUGGCUGGAGUCACCUGGUCCUGGCAAAUCAGGGUUUUCUGCUCCAUGCGUUUCUCAUCUUCCUCGGGCCAGUGGCUUCUCAAAUGGCAGAUGUUCAAGAAGGGAGAGCAGUAAUCUCCCUAGGACUAGGGCAGUGUCAGCCCUGAGCUUUGCUUACUGGGCCCCUGGUUGCUUCUGUGCAGGGGUGGAC